UUUGGCUCCGUUCCCGCCCGAGUGUGUGCCUCGCUGGUGGAGAAAACAUCUCUCUCGUUUUGCCGAGAGGAUUGAUAAUUUCGGCCUCAAUUUCAUUUGAUUUGAAAAUUUUCUUCGACAAUAUUGGGCCAACUUCCUAAAAAUGAAUCCAAAUUUCGAGGAAAUUGGGCGGGAAUUUGUGAAGCAAUACUACAGCCUUUUUGACAACCAGGACACACGAUUGGGCAUGGCGGUUUUCUAUAACGCGGAGAGUUCAUUACUAACCUUUGAAGGCAAGCAACUGCAAGGAGCCCUAAAUAUUAUUGAAAAAUUCAGUACGUUAGGAUUUAAAAAUAUCAACAGAGUAAUAACAACAGUGGAUUCGCAGCCGAUGUUGGACGGAGGCGUCCUCAUCAGCGUGCUCGGAAGACUACAGUGUGACGAGGAUCCGCCUCACGAAUUUACGCAGAUUUUCAUCCUGCAAGCCAUCCAAGGCUCAUUUGUGUUGAUGCACGAUAUUUUCAGACUGGGACUCCACGAUUUGCCAUAAAAAAUAAAUUCCAAAAUAAUUUAAUAAAUUUUUUAAUGUAUCCCUCUCUGCUAACUGGUUCAAUUGCUGAUCUUGAGAAAAUGUGUUGCAAAUUAAUUUCGAUGCAAUUUUCUAAAAAAUAAAAAAAACCUAAUUUAAUUAAAAUAACUUUUUAUAUACCUUUUCAUUCUCCUUUUAUUAUUACAAGAUUAUAAUUGUACCUUGUAAACU